ACCCUUUAUUUCCAAAAGUUACCACUCAUUCACAUCCCCCAAGAAUCACGGGAUUAUCCCCCAUUUCCUCAUCACUUUUUUUGCUAAAAAUUAUCAUCAGUUAAACCCCAAAUCAGGUUUCCAACAUCCACUUGCAGAAUCACAAGAUCUGUUCAUCUGAUCACUUUCAAGAAUCUAGAGCACAUAAAUCUUGAAAAGUUUCGAUUCACAUGGGUAAUUGCUGUGCUACACCAUCUACUAGUGACGAGAAUAAAAGGGGGAAAAACAAACCUAACCCUUUUUCAUUGGAUUACGGUGUGUCUAAUCCAUCUGGUGCUAAUGGUGGUUAUAAAACAACUGUUUUGGAAAACCCAACUGGAAAUGAGAUUGAGAAAGCAUAUGAUCUUGGUAAGGAGAUGGGUAGAGGAGAGUUUGGGAUUACUUAUAUGUGUACGGAUAAAUCGACGGGUGAAGUGUUUGCGUGUAAAUCGAUAUCGAAAAAGAAGUUGAGGACUAGAGUGGAUAUUGAGGAUGUGAAGAGGGAAGUUGAGAUUAUGAAGCAUAUGCCGCCGCAUCCGAAUAUUGUGAGCUUGAAGGAUACCUAUGAGGAUGAUAAUGCUGUGCAUUUGGUUAUGGAGUUGUGUGAGGGUGGGGAGUUGUUUGACCGGAUUGUUGCUAGAGGACAUUAUACAGAGAGAGCGGCUGCUGGUGUUACUAAGACUAUUGUUGAGGUUAUUCAGAUGUGCCACAAGCAUGGUGUUAUGCACCGUGAUCUUAAACCGGAAAACUUCUUGUUUGCAAACAAGAAAGAAACUGCAGCCUUGAAGGCUAUUGAUUUUGGGUUAUCUGUUUUCUUCAAACCAGGAGAAAGAUUCAAUGAAAUUGUAGGGAGUCCGUACUACAUGGCUCCCGAAGUCCUGAAAAGAAACUAUGGUCCUGAGGUGGAUGUUUGGAGUGCUGGAGUAAUCUUAUACAUAUUGCUUUGUGGUGUACCACCCUUUUGGGCAGAAACCGAACAAGGUGUUGCACAAGCAAUCAUUAGAUCCGUUGUAGAUUUCAAGAGGGAUCCUUGGCCCAAGGUAUCCGAUGCUGCAAAGGAUCUCGUCAAGAAAAUGCUCAAUCCUGACCCAAAGUUAAGACUUACUGCCCAAGAAGUUCUAGAGCAUCCUUGGAUACAGAAUGCCAAAAAGGCUCCAAACGUUUCCUUAGGUGAAACCGUUAAAGCUAGACUAAAGCAAUUCUCCGUCAUGAACAAGCUUAAGAAGAGAGCUCUAAGAGUAAUUGCUGAGCAUUUGUCUGCGGAGGAAGUGGCGGGCAUAAAGGAAGGUUUCGACUUGAUGGACACAAACAAGCAAGGGAAGAUAAAUAUUGCCGAGUUGAAAGCCGGCUUGCACAAACUCGGACAUCAAAUCGCUGAUGCAGAUGUUCAAAUACUUAUGGAAGCUGGUGAUGUUGACAAAGAUGGAUUCUUGAACUAUGGAGAAUUCGUUGCAAUUUCGGUUCAUUUAAGAAAGAUGGGGAAUGAUGAUCAUCUUAAAGAUGCGUUCGCGUUCUUUGAUAAAAACCAAAGUGGCUACAUAGAGAUUGAUGAGCUAAGGGAAGCUUUAGCUGACGAAGAUGAUGAAGCCAACAAUGAAGAAGUCAUUUCCGCCAUCAUACAUGACGUCGACACCGACAAGGAUGGCAAGAUUAGUUUUGAAGAAUUUACGGUGAUGAUGAAGGCGGGAACAGACUGGAGGAAAGCAUCGCGACAAUAUUCGAGAGAAAGAUACAAUAACUUGAGCUUGAAAUUGUUCCAAAAUGGAUCAAUGGAUUUGACCAAUGAGGCAAGAUGACUAAAAAAAUGAUUUUAGAUUGAAGUGUCUUGAAGUACUUACUUUAUUGAGGUUUUCUUUUGUUUUGAGAAAGAUGUGAUGUGAUGAAGGGUUUGGAUUUGUGGUUGUAAAUAUGGAUGUGUUUACUUUACAUAUCCUUAGGGCCAGUAUUUUCUUCAUCUUUUUGUUUAGCUUCUUUAGCAAAUUGGAUCAUGUAAAGCAUGCUAAUUUAUAACAAGUUUUCCUUUUCUUUA